AUGGCUCAGGAAUCAGGCGAUCAGAUAGAAACUGAUGAAAUCGCAAGUACAUAUAUCUGCAAGUGCUGCCCCCGUGCGACGGGCGUCGCGAACUGGCCAGCACAUUGCCGGAGGAAAGCCCAUCAGGUAAACUUCAACCUGCGGGCACAUAUGAGACGAGCCGCUGCCGAGCGGGCAAGGACGGCCGAACUGGCACGGGCAGCAUCCUUGGCAGUGCAACACGCUGACAUCAACGAAGCACCUGACAUCAACGAAGCACCCACUGAACACGGUUCCGCAAAUAACCUCGACGACGAUCGGCUUUGGGAUCGUAUCGAAGCUAAUUGCGAUUUUCAUCCGCCAACAUUACCCACACCCAAUGCACUCACACUGGUCGAAGAACUGGAGCGAAAUGAAGGAUCCCAGCCCAACGCCAAUGCCCCACCUGCAGCCUCCGUGCGCAACUCGCAUGUUAUGGACGUCGGACUUGGACAUAUGAGCAUGGAUGUCGGUCGUCGCCCCGGACCCGACAUCCCCGUUCGUCGGACAGAUAUUCGAUCUAACAGGCUCAAUAAGAGCCCAUGGUUCCCUUACAAGAGCAAGAUGUUCCGGCUCGCCGCCCAGGCAAUACGAAAGCCUCAUCAUGAUGGUCCCUCAAUGAGUCAAUAUUUCUCCAUCACAACUGAUCACUCCCGUUAUAUUGCUAUCUUGACGCUUUCCGCUCGGUCUGAAUACGGGUAA